CUCAUCUCUCGCCCCCGAUCGACCGUGAUCUUCCUCUCGCCCGCCCACCAUGUCUGCUCUUCGCACCACCUCGCGCCUGAUCGCUUCCUCGAAGCCGCUGUUUCGCCCAGCCGCCUUUGCUCGCUCCUAUGCGACUGUUGACGCCCUCUCCCAGGAUCCCACCCCCUCCGAGCAGCCCCGGACCAAGACCUUCCAUGUCUACCGCUGGAACCCCGACCAGCCCACCGAGAAGCCUAAGAUGCAGACUUACUCGCUGGACCUGAACAAGACCGGCCCCAUGAUGCUGGAUGCGCUGAUCCGCAUCAAGAACGAGAUGGACCCCACCCUGACUUUCCGGAGAAGUUGCAGAGAGGGUAUCUGCGGUAGCUGUGCGAUGAACAUUGACGGUGUCAACACCCUGGCUUGCCUGUGCCGCAUUCCCACCGAUACCUCCAAGGAGUCUCGCAUCUACCCCCUGCCUCACACCUACGUCGUCAAGGAUCUGGUCCCCGAUUUGACCUACUUCUACAAGCAAUACAAGUCGAUCAAGCCUUACCUGCAGCGCGAGACCAAGACCGAGGAUGGUCUUGAGUACCGCCAGAGCCCCGAGGAGCGUAAGAAGCUGGACGGUCUCUACGAGUGCAUUCUGUGCGCCUGCUGCUCAACCUCCUGCCCCUCGUACUGGUGGAACAGCGAGGAGUACCUGGGCCCCGCCAUCCUCCUCCAGUCCUACCGUUGGUUGGCCGAUUCCCGUGACGAGAAGACCGCCGAGCGCAAGGCUGCCCUGGACAACAGCAUGAGCGUGUACCGUUGCCACACCAUUCUCAACUGCUCGCGGACCUGCCCCAAGGGUCUGAACCCCGCCCGCGCCAUCGCGGAGAUCAAGAAGAUGAUGGCCUCCCACUAGAGGGAUGACACGAGAUAAAAGAAAAAGAACUGCUUUCUUCUUUCCUGCAUUAUGUCUUGUGUGAUUGGUUUUCCUCCUCUUCCCCCUUCUUCUUUCCUUCUCCCUUUUUUUUCUGGUUAUUUCGUGUGUCCGAGCUUUAUAUUCCCUCCAUUCUCCGAGG